CGGCCUUACAGUACACUUUUUUUUUAAAGAAAAGUGGGCCCUAUACGAAGAGCCCAUCACAUAGAAUAUGCUCGAUAAGAGGCCCAACAUAUCAUCAGAUAAAUGGCGGCCCUCAAGGUGCCGCUUCAUCUUCAGUGGUUUCAGACCGUUGAUCAUCAUCACACGGUCCAUUCGCCCAAUCUUUGAAGCCUCAAUUUUAAAGCCGUCUUAAACCUUGAAAGUUGGAGCAUUUCGCUUCUGGGCACCAAAAAUGGCCGCUAUGAUCUCCCGCCGAUUCAGCUCCAAGCUUCUAAGACCAUCUCGUGAUUCUUCAUUGUACUCCUCCUCCAUCUUCUUCACCACCCAAAAGCCCCAAAACUCUGUUCCUGAACCUUUUACGUAUCCCACAAACUCAACCAUUUUGCAAAGCUUUCAGGAAGUACCAAAACCAAAACCCAAAGCAAUUUAUAGUCUAGGUUACAUUAGGUCACACUCGAUUGCCACAGAAAAACUCAACAACCCUGAUCUGAAUUUACCACCAAAUGGAAAACCCAGAAAUGGUUUUGCCUUUGGGUCAUCAUUUCGCUUUGGAGAACUUCAAAGCUCUUGUCUUGAUCGAUCAUGUUCUAGUUUUGGGACCAAAUUGACUGAUCAUAGACUUAAUUGGUCAAUGGAGAGAAAACCCAGAUUCGUUUCAACAACCUCUGAUCCAUCAUCAGCAUCAUCUGAAUCGGAAAAACCCAGAAACACAAGUGAAUACCCAAGUCAAAACCCCGGCUUCCAGCACCAAGAAAUUGAAGGACCAACCGUUGAGCGUGACUUCUCGGCUCUAGCCAAUGAGACGCGUGAAGUCCUAGAGAAUUUGAUGAAGACCGUCUAUAGUUUGAGCAGCGCAGUUGCUCUUCUGAGCCUGGUUCAACUGGGCCUCGGAGCUUGGAUUUCGUACAUCACUCGGUCUUCUCCCAUUACCGAGGUUUCAAUUCAUAGCUUCGUGGCAUUUGGGUUCUCGUUUUCGUUGGCGUUCAUGCUGCGCCAAUCGUUGAAGCCCAUGUUCUUCUUUAAGAAGAUGGAGGAGCAAGGCAGGUUGCAGAUUUUGACUCUCACACUUCAGGUUGCUAAAAGUUUGAACCUUUUCUUUGUAAGGCUUCGUGGAGCUUCUUUCAUCUGUAUUGCUGGUCUAUCAAUUGGAUUCUUAUUCAAUAUGCUGUCCAAAUGAUCUUAUUAAAAAUUUUAUUAUAACUAUUAUUCUUGUUA